AUGUCUUUUGCUGAACAGCUAAGGCGGCAGAGAUCUGCCAUAUCAGCUUCUUACUCUACCGACUAUACGCACAAAAAGUCGCUGGUAUAUGAACAGUCAGCGUCAAUUAACCAGGAGAAAUGUUAUACAGAUUGCUUAAAGGAAUUAGUCAAGUUACGGGACGUUGAUCCAGAGCUAAAGAGAUUUGAGGAAUCAUUGUUUUCCCCUAAUUCUCUUCGGCUUCAAAUGUGUAGUAUAUAUCCAGCUCAAAAAAGAGCCAUCGAUGAACAAGUUCGCUUAUUUCUUUUCAUGAUUGACAAGCAUAUUCGAACCUCUGAGGCGUCCUGGGCCUUAGAGUGGCUUGUUUUUAAGUACGAAGUUCCGCGCCAUUACGUCGAUGACUUUAUGCGUCUUAUGAUACCUCACUAUGAAUCUGGACUUUUCAUAAAAGCCAUACAGCUUCUCGACUACAACGAUAUUAGUCCAGAUUGGCGUUGGUUGAAGCCAUAUGCGGAGCGUGGUACUCCGUUAAGUAGGCACGAAUUUUACAGAGCCUGUUAUAAUCAAACAACUUUAAUUCCAUUCAUCGCCAAAUCUAUGAACACUUGUGCUAAAUUCGAAUCCGAGUUAAGGCUGGAUAGAAUUUCAAACUUCUGCAACUUUUUCACUUACACGCUUGUUGGUAUAUUUGGAUUGGAACUACCUAUACAUAAAAAGGCUAAAAUUGUUAAUGCUUUGCAAGGAACGCUCAGAAAGGGCUUACGAAGUGAUAUUAUCGCUUUUAAAAGUUCAGCUACUUGUGUCGUUCUAUGUAUUGCAUGUUCUAUGACCCUCAAUCGCGAAUUGGUAUUGGAUUGGAUUAGUUGCCUUUUGAAGACCACAAUCAAUGGAGAUGAAUAUAAAACCAUUCGAUCGGUUCGUCUCUUGAUGAAAUGUCAAGGCAUCUCACUCCUUCCCGACGAGCUUGCGGUUGUUUAUGAAAAUUCACUUAACGAACUAAUUCCACUAGAACGUGGAGUAAUAGAAGACAUGGAAGUAAACCAACUUAUGAAUGGUGAUGUAUCUGCUUUGGCAACUACUAGUCUUGAACAAUCAGAACGUGUUCAGAAGUCAACUAUUAUGAUGGAUGUUGAACUCACAGGAAAAGACGUAAACGAGCAGCAGGAUAAGGUACAAGAGACCAAUAUGAAAAAGAAGCAUAAGAAACUUACCAUAAAGCGAGUUCUGAAAAUGUCUAUCGAACAGUUAUUUGCAAGGGAUCUUUCAAUGCAAGAGCAAUUCGAAGUCGUUCAUCGCAUUAUUGGGACCCAUGGGGUUUGUGUGAUGCAGAAGUCCGAAUGCGAAUGUCUAUCAGAAUGUCGGCCAGAAUGUGACUUACGUGAAAAUUGGCUAGCGGAUUUUCUAAUCUCAACACUUGCAUCAUUUACGCAAUCCGAAAGUUUGGAACAAGGAUUGUACACGGAAGAUGCCGAUGCUAUGCUAGUUCAUCAACAGUGCAAAGCUGCACUUCAAAUAGUCAAAGUCGCAUUUACUUGCUCCAAGGACGGUGCCAAUGUCUCUUUAGUGAAAGCCCUUGACAAAGCUUUCCCCUGUGUGUUAUCUGCCUUGGUGCAUCCUGUUGGCGAGGUCCGUGUUGUUGCUUACGAAACUCUUGGACUCUACCUUGAUGAAUUUGGAAGGUUCUCGAGCACUACGACGCUCAAUUAUGUCAGUUCUUUCCUCAUUGACGUUCAAGAAAAAGCAGAAAUCAUAACUGAUUCUACGAAGUCUUUACUUCAAGGUGAUUCAUUAUCAGCACUAGUUCGGACCACCACAGAUCUAGUUCAGGCAGUGUUCCGUCUGUUUUGCAGACAACCAAUAAAAGACGACACAUACUCCCAAAUGUGCUGGUUCUCUGCGGCUCAACUCUUUCAAAACGACCUUUUGAGUUCUGUCAUCCAACUUGGCUCUUCUUCUGAAAACGGUUCUGGUGUCAAGUGUGGAUGGAGCGCUUUGCUUCAUCUCUUGAAAGGUCCCCCCUUUAAGAGAUUCGAAGUUGUGCACCUACUUUGUCUCAGCAAGUUGGAUGCAUUCACUUUGCCUACUUUGGGGUCACUCUGCUCCCCUACUUCAAAUCAGAAAUUACUGGAUGAAACCCCAUUCUAUGAGAAUGAGCUUUUGUAUUCUCUUAUUGACUAUGAAUGUCCCAGCAAGAGUCUGAAUACUCGGCUUUCAUCCAUUUUACCUAGACUCCUUUUAAAAGUUGAGAACUAUACCUUUCUGCUGGAGAGAUUGGAUCCCAGCUUCAAUAAUCAAACCCGGUCACUUUCUUCGAGACUCGCUAACAGGAACAGAAAUACCAAUGACGCAUUUGAUAUCAGACGUCUUUCCAUUCUCCAAGUUAUUCUCACAUCCCUAGCUUCGGAAAUGUAUCGUUUGCAAACUUCCUCUACAGUAGAAAAGCGUGAAUCACUACAACGUACAGGUUCGAGCUCUUCUCUCUUGUCAUUUGUUGGUGAUUCUUUAAAACUUGGAACUAAACGUCGUUCUUCAAAACUUGGUCGUGGAAGGUUAACUGCAUUUGGAGAUACUUCAUCCAAGGAAAAUGAAGAAGGUUCCUCCAUGAAAGAUCUUGUCCAUCCAUUGAAUAGUCAUUUGCUUGCAUGCGUUCAAACGCUUCAGACUGGAAGCAAACAUCGAAAGCGGGUGGCUGACGAAACUAUGUCAACAGAUAGUGAUAGCGACGAGGGCGUAGUUGAUGAUGACCAUAACCCCGAAACCAAAGUUUCGAAUAGCACAAAUCUCCAAGAGCAAACGUUAGCCUGUUUACUAGAGGUGCUCAUUGCUCUGACAAAACUCUUCGAGGUGGGAAAUAAGAUCAAAUCAGCUGACAAGUCUAGAUCCGGUCGAAAGUCUCCCCUUAUGCCUACUUGUUCUGUGAAAGCUGUCAUGGGGAGCAUCUUCAGUUUUCUUCAUAUUUUCGAGUUGUCAGUGAAUGUUCAACGUCAGGCUGUGUUAUGCCUUGUUGAAAUGGCAUCUCUCUUUCCCGUGACACUGUGUGAACAAUUGCUGACUCUAAUUAAAUGGAUUAGUGGCACUAAUCAGGGUCAUUCAAUCUUCUUUCAAAUUGACAAUGUUCAAAAUCUCCACCUUAUGGAUCGGUUGAUUUGCACUGCCAUACCAGCUCUUUUGAAGGUCUCUAACUCUCGGAUUGAGGCUGGGUUGAAAGUUCUUGACGUCUUUGUCCGUGGACUGCCGGACUUGCCUACUAACCAUCCCCGACGUUGUUUGACCUUCUAUGCCGGUCUUGUACGUGGUCUAGCUGAUGUUACCGCUCCUACCCCUCUUACAGAAACGGGCAUUAACAAGCGGGUUGCAAAACAAUUCGCUCUUUCUGGAUGGUUAUGGACUGCAGCUAUUGCUUUCUUCAACACAAACUAUCCAACUGACGAAACAGCUAAUUUCGUGCCUUCAUUGCUCACGGAUCUUUUUAAUCAGUUCGAGUUGACUUAUCAAUUAGGCGCCUGGCAACAAUGCUUUAAAUUCUAUCUGUACCUUAUUUCGAAUCCUUCGGUUUUGAACUUGAAGAAAGCUCAGGAGAAUCAAUCUAAGCGUCCGCGUUUGGAUAUAUCUCACGAAGAAUCCUGCGACUGCGAGUACAAUUUUCUUCUAAAGCACCUUUCCAAAUCUGAUAGAGUCAAUCUUUUCGAUCAAGUUUCCUUGAGUGGUCGGAAGCGAAGUCGAUCAAGUGAUUGCGUUCCUCGUUCUGGCAGUGAAAUUCGUCUCUGGCCCCUAUUGGCCAACGUCAGUGCAUUCUUCACCAAUCUCCUCGAAACACCUGGUCAUCGCAUUCGCCAAGAGAAUGCUGUCAAGGAUUCCUUAGUUAAGAUUCAGGAAUCUUUUGAAGACAUUGUGCCACUUGUCGUUCAAUUGCUUAUUUCCAGCACAACAUCUACGAUUGAGGCGGAUGUCUCCGACGAUGAUGCUAUUACUCGCAAAGAUGCCAUCGUCAAUCUCCAAUCACUUCUGGUUAAGAUGAAUGGCCUGAUGUCUAGUCAGACGUUUUUGAGGUCUGUUGGUCGUUUGAUGUCAUUCAAACAGACCAAUUUGACAAGAAAGGCACUAGAAUUGCUCUUGGCUAAAUUGGAAAGUCUUACAUCUAAGUGUCCAAAUCCAGCUCAACUUCUUACCAAGCAGAGUGUUAAACCCCUUCCUAAAAUGGAAAACACGCUCAAAGAAGGUCUUGUUGACAUUUUGGACAAACUCUCAUCUUCAAUCAUUACUUCCAGCAACAUUCUUAGUUCAGAUAGGAACACCAUUUUACAAUUCUCUUGCCUUCAAAAACUUGCACAAUUGUUGUGUGAGGCCUAUCCUGAAAUGAUGGUUAAGAUAUUAGAUCACCUUCUAUCAAUCAAUGUUUCUAACUGGUGGCCUUCUGAUAGUGAUGGAGUUAGUAAAACGGCUAAGAUGGCUACUGAAGCUGCUGAUGUGCGAUCUAUGGUCUGCCUAUUUGCCUUCACGUGUUUGGCCCAUCUGUCACCUUCAUUUAUUUCAAUUCGCGGUCCUAGCUCAUCUUUAGUAACAAGAAAUAGGAUUCGAAAGGCCCUUCGAUUUGCUCUCAAUCACGCCUCAACUGCCUGUGGCUUGGCAGAUCGCCCUGUGGGUUCGACCACAGCAGUUACUGGGGUCCUCCGCUCGUGUGAACAGCACCUUCAGGCUGGCGUGACACUCAUGCUUGGAGCUUUCGAGUUCAGUAUUAAGGCUAACAUCGAUGAUCAGUCUGAGCUAGUUCUUCAGGUACUAAGCGAAGAAGUUUCCUCUGUGAAUCGUAACGGACAUGCCUCAUCGGAGGCACUUGAUGCCUCCCUCUUCAAAUUUGUUUUCCGGACAACAAAUCUCAAUCUCGCUGUUGCUACUAAGGCCAAUCCUGAGCGUUCAUCUGUUUCACUGAAACAGAGCGUUGCACUCUUAAACCGCUUAAGAAAUCAACUGGUUGCUCUUCCAGAAUCGGUUUAUACACUCAGAUUGGCGUAUGACCUCUUGAAAGACGCUAAACCAGAUACUGAUUCGGAUCUUCUUUCUGGUGGUCUGGAAUUCAUUUCUCGCCAUGCAGAUCGUAUGCUCGCAGUAUCUGCGAAGGGUAGUGUCGAUUUAGAUGCCUCAGCAUCUGGUGAAGAAAGUAGUAACACUCUCGACAUUACCUACGCAUCAGAACCUCUCCUUGUUUGGAAUAUCAUUUGUUUAGGGCUUGAGUGCCAUCCAGUUUCUUCAGCCCAAAACGGUUUAGACUCAAAUGUUGCUAAGGCAGCAGGUAUGGCUUGUGCCUCACUUUUGACUGCUCUAAGUCAUAAUAGUCGUCUACAAUUAAUUGGGCAAUGUCUUCGAUGGCUGGUUUUGGACAGUCCGAGCUCCUCAGUUGUUAUGUCACGACUUGCGAGCUUUUUCACUGUUCUUCACUUAUUGGCGUCCAAACUCUCAGUACAAAAUUUCCUAAAUCUAAUCAAAGAAACUUUCCUGCCUCAUCUCUUUAUAUGUACACUUUCCCUUUUAUCCGGCGAAAACAGAUCCAAGAGAGUCAAAAAUAUUGCAGAUCAAUUAGAGCUCUCUUAUCUUGCAAAAUGUUUUUCAAGUGGCAUAUCAAACGCGAAUUCAUCGAUUGCUGGUUCAUGUGCAAGAGCAACCUACGCGGCUAUAACAGCCUGGCUUCAGGCCGAAGCUGCUUCAUCAACUUGUCUAGAUACAGCAGGCACGGAAGCAGUUCUUGCUCUUCCACAGAUUAUUGUUCAACCCCUUUCAUUUCCCAUCUUGGGUCUUACUGAAAUUGAUCUUGUGCCCUGUGUAGAUGCCUUUCUUAAAGCAAUUAAUGGUGAUGAAGCUCUUUUACGACCUUUUGGAUCAUCCCUCUGUGCUCUACUCAGAAAUGCUCAAUGGCGAAUUCGCUUGGCUGGCGUGCACCUACUUAGACAGACCUUUGAAAUUCUUACAGAGGGAGACAAUGGAGAGCUUGGCUUGCUAGCUUGUCUUCAAACAGACAUGUACACUGCCUUGACAGAAGCAAUGGAAGAUAAAAAGCCAGAGGUUGAAGCCGCUGCCAAUAGAUUAUUCGCUGAGCUUGAAGGCGCUGGUGUCACUAUGGCGGAUUGA